CCUGCAUUAUCCAGCUAAGAUGUAGUUUCCAUUAUUAAAUCCCCACUUUACCCUUGAACAACUGGCUGAAUGUUCUGCUCCUCCUCUCCAUGACAGACGCGGGAGGGAGGCCGCUUACUUCUAUCCACAUGCUUCCAGAGCCAGUUUUUUAUCCAACCAGAGACUGGGCCGACCGAAGCUCGGAGGUGGAGGCGGACACGCGCACCGACGAGAUGCCGCACCCGACGGGGUAAGAAGAAACGACUACCAAAGGCAGAGGGACUCACGGGACUGAGUGUCUUCAAUUUAUCAAGCAAGAUAUUGAGCCCUGCCCAUGUCUCCUUGCUUAGUAAAGGGUUAUAUUUUGUGCCUACAACUCAGUGCAACGAUUUCGAUGUUAAGGUAGACAUGUUUAAGUUUUUAAUAAAACAUCCGUUUAAGGGGAAUACUUUAGCUCUUCUAAUCGUGAUAUUUCCACUGAACAUGUAGGUUGCUCACCUGCACAUACCCCGACUCCUUUUAGAAGUACGAGUUAUUUUGUACCAUCAUUACAAUCGCAAUCCCUCUAUUGAGACAUUUUGCAGACUCGUUGAAUAAUAUGUUGUUCAUCUCCUUAAGAACAAACAGGAGUACAUAUCUUUCCAUAAUUUACCUAAGGAUGAAAAACAAGCUUUGCUUGAUUUACAAUCCGAUGCCUCAGUCCUUACCCGCCCUGCUGAUAAGGGUGGGUCGGUUGUACUCUUGGAUAGAACUGUUUAUGUAAAUGAGUGUUAUAGACAACUGCCAGACAACAUCUUUUACAAGAAACUCAGAUGGGACGCCACCGCCCAAUUUCAGAACACUAUCUUUACUGUCCUAGAUGGGUAUUUAAGUUCUGGUCAGAUAUCCAAAAAAGAAUACGACUUUUUGGUUAUUCAACACCCUAAAAUUGCUACUUUCUAUACUUUGCCGAAAUUACACAAGAAUGUUACAAAACCUCCAGCCCUAUUGUAGCGAGCAUUGAUGCAGUAACGGCCCCUCUAUUUACUUUUUUAUUAGACCACUCGCAGAACACCUCCCCGCCUUUGUAAAGGACACCAGCAUUAUGAUCUCUAUUACUGAAUUUCUUAAUACUUUGUUUGUUACUUUUGACGUUGAGUCGUUAUACACGAAUAUUCCACACGAGGGCGGUAUUGAAGCUAUGGAACAUUUUCUUCUGCAACGUAACCCUAAUGAACUACCUUCCAGUGCAUGCAUUAUAACAUUGGCUGAAAUAGUACUCACACACACACAACUACUUCAUGUUUCUAAAUUAUUUCUUUAUUCAGACGAAGGUUACUGGUAUGGGAUCCCCCAUGUCUCCGAACUAUGCUAAUUUAUAUGUGGGUUACAUGGAGAAACAGUCCAUUUUCAAUCCUCUCAAAAAUGUUUUCUUGCCUAACAUCAUUAUUUGGAAACGGUAUAUUGAUGAUAUUUUUGUUCUAUGGAGGGGUGAUGAAAAACAGCUCCAGGCAUUCCAUGCUUUUCUGAACUUUUUUUUCUGAGCAUCUGAGAUUUACUAUGCAAUCUGACACACGUCAAAUCAGUUUCCUUGAUCUUCUGAUCUUGUGUGAGGAUAACGUUCUAUACACUGAUCUUUACAGGAAACCUACUGAUCGUUUGUUGAGGGCUGAUAGUUGUCCCUUAAAAAAACAGUUUGCCCUACAGCCAAUUCUGUCGAAUCAAAAGAAUUAGCAAAAAACAAUCAGAUUUCGACAGAAAUAUGGCUGAGACGCAAAGAAAAUUCAAGGAGAGGGGGUACAAAAAUGGUCAGAUUAAUACUGCCAUUGAGAACAUUCAAAACAAACCGAGACAGGAUCUUUUUCAAGGUCAGUCUUGCAAAAAGAAGCAUUCUUGCGUUCUAACUACCCGCUAUUCAAAGUCCUCUGAACAAAUCAAGGGAAUCGUUCAAACAUUGGCACAUUCUAAGAUCCGAUGACAGUAUCGGUAAUGUGUUUUCGGACCCUCCCUUGAUCGUAUUCUCACGGGGCAGAAACCUCAGAGAUUAACUGGUAAACUCUGAUUUACCACCCCAAGAUAUCCCUGCACAACGUGUAUUUGCUCCCCUACUGGAUGGAAACUGUGCUCAAUGUAAUGGCACUUAUAAAUGUAGAUCCUUCAAACACCCCCAAACAGGGAAACAGAUCCCAAUUAAAGGUGUUAUCACGUGCUCCACUAAGGCAGUUAUUUAUCUUAUAACUUGUCCUUGUGGUAAAAAUUAUUUGGGUAAAACAAAGAGUGAAUUAAAAGUACGAAUCUCGGAGCAUCGUAGCACCAUUAGGUGCAAAAACUCGAUUUACCAGUUGCGGCCCACUUUUUGGAAGCAAACAACUCGAUCCGUCACUACGUUAUAUCGGCAUCAAACAUGUCACCCUCCCUAGGAAAGGGGGUGACCUCGACAAUUUAUUGUUAAAACGAGAGGCUGCAUGGAUCUUUAAUUUAAUGACUCUUGCUCCCUUCGGUCUCAACGUAGACUUUGAUCUGAAGCUAUUAUUGUGAUUUUGCUAUUGUACAUGUUUGUAUGCCUAUGUAGCCAAAUUGUAUCUAUGAUAGUAUGCUAUUUAUUCAUGUUUUUGGUAUGUUAUUUUUUAUAUCCGAGACUUAACCAAUGAUAUCAGGCCACACCCGGCCAUGAUUACAGACACCUGUGUGUGUCCUUUGGUACCAUAUAAACGAGUCACCCCGCAGCGUUUGUCAUUAUACCCUGAUGAAGACAGCUUGUCUGUACAAACAUUAGUCAUUAGGUUAUUCAAUUAUUGCAUCUGAGCUCCUGGAGUGUACCGGCUCUCCUUUAAUUUUUCAAGUGUUCUACUCCGCUAGCCAUCAUUAUAAAGAAAGCGUUUGCCCUUUAUGGAACUAAACAUUAACUUGGAUCAUUAUCAGGGAGAAACAAUUGACAAACAAAUUCCUGUUCUUCCAACACUGCCAUUCACAGGAUCUAUUGCAUAGACGCUGUCUUCAUGUCACUCGAGAAACACAGGAAAUCUUCACAUGCUAGUUUCACAUGUGAGUCUGAGGAAUAUGAUCAUGAUAGUCAGUGGCAGUCAUUUCAACAUCCAGACAUUAUUGAGUUCCUCCCUAGUUGAGAGCGAUAGGCUGUGGCUCAUUGAGAGAAAAGAGCACUCAUCAUGUUCAAACAUGUGACACCACAACAGGGGAGAAGAUGAAAUGAUAAGAGCCAGGGAAAAUGGGUAAUUAUGGAGUUGCCAGAGUACAUGCCUUUCAUUUGUGUCAUGUACAAGUCCCCUGCCUGUCACGCCCUGGCCUUAGUUAUCUUUGUUUUCUUUAUUAUUUUAGUUAGGUCAGGGUGUGACAUGGGGGAUGUUUGUGUGUUUUUGUCUAGUCGAGGGUGUUUGUAUUGUCUAGGGGGUUUUGGUAGAGUUUAUGGGGUUGUGUUCAGUGUAGGUGUUUAGGUAUUUCUAUGGUUGCCUGAGUGGUUCUCAAUCAGAGACAGCUGUCUAUCGUUGUCUCUGAUUGGGAGCCAUAUUUAAGGCAGCCAUAGGCAUUAGGCAGGUUGUGGGUAAUUGUCUAUGUCUAAACGUUAGUAGCGUGUGUCUGCACUUUGGUUUUGUAGCUUCUCGGUUGUUUGUUUUUUUGUUAGUUUGUAAAAGUGUUUUGUGUUCAUCUUCUCUCAAUAGAAAGGAAGAUGUAUUCGUAUCAUGCUGGGCCUUGGUCCACUCUUUCACCAGAAGACGAUUGUGACACUGCCAUGUUAUUUAUCUGUUGCUUUUGUCUGGCCAGCUUAGCCCCAGCCAGCUCUCCCCUGUUGGCAUCCCCAUGCCAGAUGAAUGAUUGGGUGGCAGAGAGAAUUUGCAUUUCUUUAGAACUGGGGGCAUUUGGUGGUGUUUUGCAACUGUAGUGUCUCAGGGGGAAGGCAAGUGGAUUUACAGCUUAGCAAUAUUCCCACGUCAUUGUUGGGAAUCUGAUUGUUGAAAACGUAAUGUAAAGCAAAAAUACAUGUACACACACACACUUUCUAAGGAGUUGUCUGCACGAUAACUUUGGGCUUAGGUUGACUUAUUGUACAUCCCUCUUGAUAUUUGAGUCCCUCUGAUACAUUUGACAAUUAGCCUUCACUUUAUGUCUGUAUGUUGUGUUAUGGGCUUCUAUAUGACUUAUUACCACUGUUUCCAUAAUAUAAGGUUCUCACCGUGCAAAUAAACAGAGCGAGAGGGAGAGUGAGCGAAUGCAGUUACUCAGCUAUCACAAAGAGCAACUCCUCCUUCUGAGCUUGGACUCCACCCCAUGAUCUAGUUCCCUCCCCCCCUGCAGAUGACAGUUAUAUUACCCUGCUAGUGCAGUGCCUGCGGGUUCACAACAUCGCAGACGACAGCAACAGCCUGCCUGCACUCAGGGUUCACUACGCUACAGACAGGUGUGAUUGCAUCUGAAUGAGAUGACUGACACAACUCAUUAUUAAACCAGCCUUUGUAGAUGAUCCUGAGCUCUGUGCCAGCUGCCUCUCAGUCUUCAGCCUUCUGUUCCACUCUCAGAUCUUUAGUGGCAACUUGAGAGUGCACUGCUGUGUUGGACUUGUAUCCGUGGUGAUAUGUUAGGGUAAGGUCUGCAUUGGAAUAGCAGCCAUGGAAAGAAGCAUGAAUUUUGAUGAGAUUCUUUCUCAUAUUGGGGGCUUUGGCAAGUUCCAGAAGAACCUGUAUGUGUGGAUUUGCCUCCCCCAGAUCCUGCUGGCGUUCCACAUGCUGAUAUCCGUAUUCACAGGGGCCGUCCCCCCUCAUCUCUGUCGCUCCACCAACACCACCUGGCCCUUGACCGCCAGCUCAUACCCUCCCAAUUUAAACUUCAGCCUGGUGACCGGCCCAGACGGUGACCCUGGCCGGUCCUGCUCUGCCCCUGGGGGGAUCCCUGGCACCCCGCUGGCUCAGCUGAAUCACAGCACCGCCCUGACCCUUAGUGACAGCCACGCCACUGAGGGUUGCCAAGGGGGAUGGGAAUUCAGCAAGGAGACCUUCCACAGCACCGUGGCAACCGAGUGGGAUCUGGUGUGUGACCACGCCAAUCUAAACCAUGUUGGUUCCUCAAUCUACAUGUUUGGUCUUCUAGUUGGCGCUGUGCUGUUUGGUUUCUUAGCUGAUAAGUAUGGACGCAGGAACAUAAUACUGGUUGGUUUGACUAUCCAGUCAACCUGUGGGGUCGGAGCUGCGUUCGCCCCAAAUUUCUACAUAUAUGUUUUCCUGCGCUUUGUUGUUGGAACCACUAUUUCUGCUGUCAUCAUGAACGCAUUUGUUUUAGGCACAGAGUGGACAGGAUCAAAGCACCGCAUGCUAGCUGGGAUCAUCACCGACUACUUCUUUGGGUUUGGCUACAUCAUCCUGGCAGGCCUGGCCUACCUCAUCCGAGACUGGCGUAAACUCCAGCUGGCCAUCUCAGCACCAGGCUUCCUCUUCAUCUUCUACAUCUGGGUCUUACCAAAGUCGGCUCGGUGGCUGAUGGCCAACCAGAGGUACGAGGAGGCCAUGGAUCUGGUCAGGAAAGCAGCUCUAAUGAACGGCAAACCCCUGCAGGAGGACAUAGAGAUAUGUCAGGGGUACAAAGACAUGGUGAAGAUGGAGAAGAGGACAAAACACACAGUCAUUGACCUGGUCCGAACUCCAAAAAUGAGGAGGAGCUCAUUGAUCAUGUUUUACCUGUGGUUUGUCAACGUGCUGGUCUACUACGGCCUGUCCCUAAACAUCUCUGACUUUGGGAUGAGCAUCUACCUGACCCAGCUGAUCUUUGGCCUGGUGGAGAUGCCUGCUCGCACCAUCACUCUCUUCACCCUCAACCGCUCCAGGAGGAUAUCCCAGAUAGCCUUCCUCGUUGUGGGAGGCCUAGCCUGCCUGCUCACUGUCUUCAUUCCCGAUGAUCUCUCCAUUGUUAGAACAGUCCUGGCCAUGGUGGGAAAGUUUGGGAUCACCGCCUCCCUGUCCAUAGUCUACGUCUAUUCAGCAGAGGUUUUCCCUACUGUCAUAAGGCAGAGUGGGAUCGGUAUGGGCUCCAUGUGUGCCCGGGCAGGGGGAGUCCUGGCCCCAAUCAUCUACCUGUUGAGGGGUGUCAGUAAGAAGGCUCCUAUGGUUCUGUUUGGUCUGUGUACUCUGCUAGGGGCAGCCCUCACCCUGCUGCUGCCUGAGACAGUCCACCAGCCCCUGGCUGACACCAUCCAGGAUGUGGAGGGAUACAGCAUCAGUGAGGACUCAGAGGAAGGGAACAUGAAACCAGACCUCUAUGAGGAAUGUGAAACAAGGAACCCAGACAUCAUAAACUGAAGAACUUGGGAGUGGGACAAGCCACCAGUCCGCACUGAUACUUUGAGACCUGUGGUACUGUCUUCUGGAUGACUUCUAUGCGGAAAGACCAUUAGCCCAAGGAACUCAACUGUGCAUUGUAAGCUAUCUGCUAAGAGCGCUUGAACAUACAUAAGACAAUGAUGUCACUUAACUGACAUGUUGACACAGUUUUGCUUUAUAUUUCCAAAAUGUUCUUUUGUUGUGAGAAGAUGUACAGUGUAUAGAUGUGUAUGGUGACUAUCAGUUCAUAUAUUGGUUGAUAAUGAAGUACAGUAGUAACAGUUCAUUUAUGUACCAAAUAUCAUUUCUUCGCUUCUGUAUACAAUGAGUGUACAAAACAUUAGGCAACACCUGCUCUUUCCAUGACAUAGACUGACCAGGUGAAUCCAAGUGAAAGCUAUGAUCCCUUAUUGAUGUCACCUGUUAAAACCACUUAAAUCGGUGUAGAUUAAGUGGAGGAGACAGGUUAAAGAAGGAUUAUGAAGCUUUGAGACAUUUGAGACAUGGAUUGUGUAUCUGUGCCAUUCAGAGGUGAAUAGGCAAGACAAAAUAUUUCAGUGCCUUUGAACGGAGUAUGGUAGUAGGUGACAUCCAGCCAAUUUGACAAAACUGUGGGAAGCAUUGGACUCAACAUGGGCCUCAACAUGGGCCAGCAUUGCUGUGGAAUGCUUUUGACACCUUGGAGAGCCCAGGCCCUGACGAAUGAAGGAUGUUCUUAGGACAAAAGGGGGAGCAAGUCAAUAUUAGGAUUAGGAUAUUAUAAUGCUUUGUACACUCAGUGUAUACUGCAUGGACACACCUUUGUGUGGUUUGAAUAGCCUUGUGCUCUUUUUAUCCAAAUAUUUUUGCUGGGUGCCGUCCCUGUCUGUUACCUAGUAGGUCUUCCUGAGUGCCUGUCUUAUCAGUUUACACACCCCUACAGUACCGCUCAUACCUAACAGGUUCACCUUGAGAUGUGAACUCAGUUCCAGCCAGCAAAUGCCUUACUGUUCAUCAUGCAUUGUGAUUUCAUAUAAAUACCCAAGUGUCCACACUGUGAAAGAGCAGAGAGAACCAAUUAUGCAAAAUAUCACACAUAUGCAAGUUGAAGAGGGAACAAUUUUUUCUAUUUGAUAAUCAACUCUGUGAAUUUUGUAUUUGACACUCCUAACUCUCACUUUUAGACGUGAAUGUGUUUGAAGUUGUUGAUCCAUGAUCAUGAUGAGUCUUUUGAUGCAGUAAGUUUGACUCGUUCUUCAGCACAGCAGGCUGCUCCCCGGAAUGUUUGUCAGAUUACCAUGUUGAAUUACUAACCAUCUGCGAGCGACCUUCUACCAGCCAUGGAACGUCGAGGUCCCAGCGUCAACUCCAAGAUGACCCAGUUACAGGUCUCUAUAGGGUCAGCAGAUAUGCUGUGGCGUCUGUGGCGAGCCCUAAUACAAGACAAGGAAGCCAUUGUACAAGACAGGGAUGGAUGGACUGAAUGAUGAACCGUUAUGACAGUGCCCUCUCUUCAAACACGAAGUUUACAUUUCACAUUACGUUAUUAAUACGUCUGCUGAAGGCUUUCAUUCUGAGCGGUGACACUAAGUGUAUGACGUAAAGGAGUUGAACGGCAGCACUAACAGCAGAGAAACGGAUCCUAGUUUGUGAUCUUCAACAUUGGGUGGAGCAGGAUAGAAAAAGUAAUUUUAGGGCUGUGGUUUGGGUUGGAACUUAUCAUUUGUUAUUACAGUGAAUGAUUUGACAGGUCUGAAUUGUUCUGUUGUCAUUGUAAGGCUUAAGAGAGAAAAGCCACAAAUUCUUGUUUUGGAUUAAAUACAGUGUUUGCCUUGCAGUCAUGUAGGCUAACCCACUGUAAUAUAUGUUUAGUAACAGUGGUCAACAGGAGUCAGGGCUCGUUGUGUUACUGAUCACUGCCACUCUCUGGAGAAAAGUGGUACUUGCUUCUAUUCUGACAUCAGGUGCUGUAUAUAGUAUAAGUACUGUAACGAAGCACAAGCAUUAAGAUCACAGAUAUUGUGUUACAAUAUGUGCAUUACCUUUGUACUGUUCUGUGCAAUCAGUACUUUUAUGCAUACAUAAUACAUACAUACGUCUGCGUUUCAGAUUUACAGAACCAAAGUACGACUGGAAAAAGAGGAAUUCAACUUAAUUUAUAUAAGAUAGUUUUCUGUUUACACCAUGUCCGCUAUGCUGCGUGUCAUUUCAAAAAGGCUUAUAGCCAAUGGUGAGGGGCAGCUAAGGGGUUGACUAGAUGCCAGUGUUAAUAGACUCCACCUCAUUGUGGGGAACGACUGCGGGUUCUGUGCUCUCUAACUGACUGAGUAGCUGGCACAGGCAUGUAGCAUGUCUGUCAAUGAUUCACUGCUCAUGGGGCAUUAGAAAACAACUGGCAUUUCAAUUACUGCCAUUUCAAUUAUAACAGAGGAUUCUGAGAGGCAACAGCUGCAAGUACCCACUGACCAUCCCCCCCACGACACUGACAUGCAGGGAGCUCAGAGCUGUUCUACCCUUCUUUGUCUGUGAGAGCUUUGACUAAAUAUGUCAUGGUUGUAGUGGCAUUGUCUGUGGCAAUGCAUGUAUGUAAAGUAGGCCUACUGUCAUUGUAAAACGUGAUGUGAAAAGAUCCAUUGUUUGACAUUACAGAGAAGCUAGUCUGAAACAAGGGUCAAGCUGUAGCCUAAACUCUCCAUAGAAUAUCAUGCCCACACUGGCAUUUGCUCUGGUAUUAUGCUGAGUGUCACGACUUCCGCCGAAAUUGGUCCCUCUCCUUGUUCGGGCGGCGUUCGGCGGUCGAAGUCACCGACUUUCUAGCCAUCGCUGAUCCUCUUUUCAUUUUCCUUUGAUCUUGUCUUGUCACACCUGGUUAACCCUCUGUUUCCCCUUAUUGUCCUUGUCGGUGAUUGUUUGUUUGUAAGAUAUGUGCAAGUGAUGUUCUUGUGUGCAACCGGUUUUCUACCCACUUGUAUAUUUUGGUUUUCUGAGUGUUUGAGCACUUAUUAAACUGCUCCGUUUAUACUAA